AACAUUUUAAAUGUUAACACAUUCAAGUGAUAGAACAACUAACCGAAAUGGCAUCCAAAACAUUCUACGCAUUCUUGGCUCAAGCCGUGCUGAUCCAGGCAGCGUUUGCCCAGUGGGUUGGCAACUCCGUGGUAGAUAACAAUGUUGUGGUCAACAAUGGAGCUAAUGCUCUGGGUUGGGCUGGUGGACUGAGCGGUGGUGCUCUUGGUGUGACUGGCUGGAACAAUGGUCUGGGACUGGGCUUAGCUGGCAAUGGACUGGGCUUGGCCAAUGGUUUGGCUGGAGUUGAAGUGGUCGGCGCUGGAUUGGGCUUGAACAACGGACUCGGCUUGGGCACUGGACUCGGCCUGGGUAACGCUGUGUUGGGAGGUCCAGGCUUCAUCGACCUGGUCGGCCUGUCAGCCGGAGGAGUAUUGCCGAUCUCCAGUGUGGGCCCCAUCGUCCCAGCCGGCCUCAACGUGGUGUCAGACAACGCGAUCGAAGGCGCUGUGCUGGUCAGCGGUCAGCUGCCGUUCUUGAGCGCUGUGGCCUUCGAAGGAGCCCUGCCUUCGGCUGGUUCCGGAGCCUCUUCUUGCGGCUGCGGUAACGGCAACAUUGGCAUCGUCAGCGAGACCGGAUCCGUCGCUCUGCUGCCAGCUGCUGGUCUAGGCGCUGGUCUCGGUUUGGGUGCUGGCUUCGGCCUGGGUGCCACUGGUCGUGGUGCUGGUCUCACACGUUCUGCUCCCCUUGGCCUAUACCAGUAAAAACUGAUAUAUCAAACCAAUAAAGCUCUUGAAUUUUAAA